UCAUGAGGUCUUGCUGUUUGAGGCUCUUCGUGAGGCCUUGAUAGAAGAGAUGAAACUGGAUCCAACAGUGUGCGUGUUUGGUGAAGAUGUUGGUCAUUAUGGUGGUUCUUACAAGGUGACAAAAGGUUUGGCUGAUAUGUUUGGAGACCUCCGAGUCCUGGAUACCCCUAUUGCUGAGAACUCAUUUACUGGCAUGGGGGUUGGAGCAGGAAUGAAAGGGCUGAGGCCUGUUGUUGAAGGCAUGAACAUGGGCUUCCUGCUCCUUGCUUACAAUCAUAUCUCAAACAACUGUGGCAUGCUUCACUACACUUCUGGUGGCCAGUUUAAAAUCCCACUUGUGAUCCGGGGCCCUGGUGGUGUGGGUCGUCAGCUUGGAGCAGAGCACUCACAGCGUUUGGAGUCAUAUUUCCAGUCAAUCCCUGGCCUGCAAAUGGUUGCCUGCUCAACUCCUUACAACGCUAAAGGUCUAAUGAAAGCCGCUAUCAGGAGUGAGAAUCCUGUGGUGCUGUUUGAGCACGUUCUUCUGUACAACCUGAAGGAGAAAAUUCCCGAUGAGGAAUAUGUGCUCUGCUUGGAGGAGGCCGAGGAGAAUUCAGAAGACUCUUUUGUUUUGACGAUACCAACAGACCACGUGACCAUCCUCACGUACUCGCGUAUGAGGUACCACGUUAUGCAGGCCGCAAAGACUCUGGUGAACAAAGGGUACGAUCCUGAGGUCAUUGACAUCAGGUCGCUGAAGCCAUUCGACCUGCACACGAUUGGCAACUCCAUCAAGAAGACGCACCGCGUGCUGAUCGUGGAGGAGUGCAUGCGCACGGGAGGGAUCGGUGCCAGUCUGAGGUCGGCAAUCAUCGACAACUUCUGGGACUACCUUGACGCCCCCAUCAUAUGCUUGUCAUCACAGGAUGUGCCGACGCCAUAUGCUGCGACCCUGGAGGAUGCGACUGUGGUGCAGCCUGCCCAGAUCGUGGCUGCGGUUGAGCAAAUCUGCCAAUAGGAUGGCUGGCUGAUGAAUGUGUUGAAUUGUUA